AUGAGUUUUACAAAAAUUGAUAUGUUUUCUUCCUCUUUUUUUUUUAAUUUGGGAAAUUCUCAGCAAAUUAAAAAAGGAACGCUUAUUGGAACUCUGUUGAGUAUUGCUGUUAUAUCUUCUGUCUCUACUUACUUUGUUUAUCUUACAGUCUAAUAUUUUAAUAACAAGAUUGAUCCAAAAUAUAAAUCGUAAAACUUUAUAACUGAAGAUCUAGUAGAAGUAGACUUAACAAGGGAUUUAGUCGGUUUUAGAUUUGAAUAUGAUGUUAAUAUGAAUAUUUUAGACUUAGAAGCAUAACAAAACAAAAAGUAUGUGGUUUUCAAAGCUUUUUUUAAUUACUAAAAUAACACAUUUGCUAGCAUGACUCCUAUAGACGUAGUAAAUUGCACUAAUCCAUAACUUGAAGGUUAUUUAUGCAUAGACUUUACAAAGGUUUCCAAUUUUACGCUAAAUGUGAAUACGAAAUAAAACUAUAAAACGGCUAUUUAUGUUUUAACUUAUGGUUGCUUAGAUAUUGAUGGUAUCAAAAAGACAUCUGAUCCUAAUUGCGCUACCUAAGAUUAGAUUGAUAAAAUUGUUAAUGGCCAAAGAGCUAGUGUGCGUACAAAACUACUUAGUGCUCAGUUUAACACAACUUCAAGAUAAAAAUAAACAAGUUAUAGAAAUAACUACAUGUACACCGCAGCGCUGUAAGAAAUUUAUGUUUAAUAUAAAUUGCAAAAACAAAUUACAACAGUUUAGUAAGGCUUUUUAAUUCAAUCAACAAGCACUUAUGAAUCUCCUUUUCAAUAUGAAUAAAUUUGUGCAACUAAUCUUAGAAAUUCAUCUACAAAAUAAGGAGGAAUACUACCAUAUUGCAAGUUCGUUAUCUCAAUGGAUGAAAUUUUUUAUCAAAUCACUGUUCAAUAUCCAACUUAUCCAGAAAUCAUGGCUUUGGUAAAUAGUGCGCUAGCUCUUUUGAUGACAUUAGGAUACUUAGAAAAUGUUUUUUAAAGUUAAAUUAGCCCAAAAAAAGAACUUUAGUAACAUAAUUUAUAAACUGAAUAAGAUAAAAUAGAAUAAAUGAAUACAAUUACGAAUUAAAAUGAAAAAAGCACCUUUUUAGAUAAAUAAAUGGUUGAAAUGCAGAAAUCUAAUUAGAUCGACACUCCUUAAAGCCCGUGUUCACCUGCUUUAUUAGCUUCGCCAUAAUAAAAUUUUGACUCUAUAGAUGAAAGCUCAUACUAACUCGCAUAUUAACAGCUAAUGAACAAUUUAAGUAAAAGCGGUGAAAAUGAAAAGAAAAUAAGGUUAACUAUUGGAUAGAGAAAAUAGUAAAAAUGUUAAAAUUUGAAAACUGACUAAGUCCAAAAAAUUAGUUAAUCUGACAGCUCAUAAUUAAAAUAAGAGGUAAUUGAAAAGUUAGAUUACAAAGAAAUAAAUUCAUAUUUCAUAAAAAAAUUAGAGAUAAUUUAAAACUAAAAAGUGAGCAAAAACAUUCAAGAUAUAAUUUUUGGAAAAAGAUUGUGGAAGAAAAAGGAGGAAAAGAAUCGCCAGCAGUUAGAUGAAUCUUCUAAGAACUUGAUUAAAUCCUAGGUUGAAUAAAGCUUAGAUAUUUUGUAAUUGUAUCGAGAUAUUAUCUUUUUGAAGAAAGCCGUGAUGGUCAUAUUGAGCAAAGAUCAAUUAGCGACACUGCAACUAGUUGGUUGUUCACCAUACUUUUUAAGUAAAGAAAUCAAUUCGUAAACGAAAGACCUUUCUCAGUCAUACCAAAUGAGAAAAAGAAACUAUUUUGAGGAACAGUUUGCGAUAUCUUUGUCAUAAGAUCUCUAGAAGAAGUACAUCGCUAAAUUCCUAGAAAAAUGUUAAAACAAUAGUGAUUUAAGCGAAAUCGAUUGUAGAAUUCUAUCAUCUGUUAUUAGAAAUAAAGUUGACUGA